UGAAGAUAAAGUUGAACCAAUAAAGAAGAGUAUGGAAAUCGCUCAGUUAUAUAUGUAUUGAUGUUGUUGGUUAGCGAAUUGAGGCUAGAAGCAAGAUACCGGUAUUCUGGUACUACAUGUUUCUCCGCUUUUGAUAUUGAUGUCCACGUACUGAAUGCUAAAGGGAUAAGGGAUACAAGAUGAGCUUCUUGGUGUCGCAAGAUCAACUCCGACAUGAUGAGAGCAGUAAGCCCAACACUCGACUGUCCAAUCCUCCACCUGUUGCAAAAAUGCAAGACUUUCAAUACUUUGAAACAAGUACAUGCUCAAAUGAUCACAACUGGCCUCAUUCUCCACACCUACCCUAUCAGCCGUAUUCUCCUCAUAUCUUCUUCACUGUCUCCAUUACCCUACACGAUAGCCAUAUUCAGCCAUGCCCCAAACCCAAGCAUAUUUCUUUACAACACCCUCAUCUCACGCCUCACUGUAAACAAUCAAGUGAAACUUGCACUUUCUCUUUAUGACCAGAUGCUUGCUGACCCCGAUCUCAGACCCAAUAAUUACACAUACCCAUCUCUGUUCAAGGCAUUUGCAGCCCAACAAUGGUUCAAACACGGCCAAGCCCUGCAUGUGCACAUCCUAAAAUUCAUUUACCCUCUUCACGACAAUUUUGUUCAAGCCUCAUUGCUUAAUUUUUAUUCAAGAUGUGGAAGAGUAGAUAUUGCUAGAUAUUUCUUUGAUCAGAUAAUGGAACCAGACUUAGCGACAUGGAACUCUAUAUUAUCUGCUUAUGCACGGAACUCUAGUGUUAGCUUAUCCGGCGACCCUCGCCUUUUGGAUGAGAACACAAGUUCAUCUCUGGAGGUUUUAAAUCUGUUCGGCCACAUGCAGAAGUCUGGGGUAGAGCCAAGUGAAGUGACAUUAGUCGCCAUAAUUACUGCAUGUGCCGAAUUAGGCGCCCUUGGCCAAGGCAUCUGGGCGCAUGUUUAUAUAAUCAAGAAUGCACUUAGCCUCAAUCACUAUAUCGGCACAGCACUAAUUACCUUCUACACAAAUUGUGGCUGUCUUGGAUUUGCUAGUCAAUUGUUCUACCAGCUGCCUCAUACGGAUAUAUUCUGUUUCAAUGCCAUGAUUAGAGGUCUUGCAAUCCAUGGCCGUGGAUGCGAGGCUCUUGAUUUAUUUGAGACAAUGAAGCAUAAGGGUCUCGCCCCCGAUGAUGUGACAAUGCUGGCUGUAAUGUGUGCUUGCUCACAUGUGGGAUUGGUGGAUGAAGGGCGCAGAUAUUUUGAGUUGAUGACCAGUAUCUACGGACUUGAGCCUAAAAUUGAGCACUAUUGUUGCCUGGUGGAUCUUUUGGGUCGAGCUGGGAUGGUUAAGGAAGCCGAGGAAAGGAUUCUGACCAUUCCAAUGAAGCCAAAUGCGGUUUUGUGGCGGUCUUUACUUGGGGCAGCUCGAGUUCAUGGAGAUCUCGAGACAGGUGAAGUGGCACUAAAGAAGCUAGUAGAGCUGGAGCCGAAGACUAGUGGGAAUUAUGUGCUUUUGUCGAACAUGUAUUCGUGCAUGAAGAAAUGGGAUGACGCCAAAAGAGUAAGGCAGUUGAUGAAAGAGCGGGGCGUGGAGAAAAUGCCCGGGAGUAGUUUAGUUGAAGUUGAUGGUUCAAUGCACGAGUUUCUUGCUGGUGACAAGAGCCAUCCUCGGGCUAGAGAAGUGUAUUUAAAGCUGGAGGAGAUGAACGCGAAGCUGCAGGAGCACGGGCAUCGUGCAAGAACUCGAGAAGUGUUGUUUGACAUCGAGGAAGAAGACAAGGAAGAAGCUCUUUCUUACCACAGCGAGAGGCUAGCAAUCGCGUUCGCACUCAUCGCGACAGAUUCUUGCACGCCGGUGAGGAUCAUAAAGAACCUCCGGGUAUGUGUGGAUUGCCAUUCGAUAACUAAGCUUUUGUCUCUCAUAUAUGGGAGAGAGAUUAUAGUUAGAGAUAGAACUAGGUUCCACCACUUCAACAAUGGCAGCUGCUCUUGUUUGGACUACUGGUAGAAAUUAAUCUUUUUACUUAUUUGGUGUU